AUGGUAUUGACUGAACUUGAAUCAAUUCACGAAAAAUUGAUACGUCUGAAUGUAAAAGGGCUGAUGAAAAUAACAUAUUAUAUGAAUUGGAUUCCUAUGGUUAUAAUGAUUGUAAAUGUGAUGGUAGGGAUUAUAACUACAAUUCUAUGGACGAUAAGGCAUAAACAUUUGUUUGAUAUAAAAGAAAUGGUCAUAAUGCUGGUUUCAAAUAUUUGCCAAUCCUUUGUUCUUUUUGAAUAUAUACUACUUAUAACAUACAUAAAGUGGAUGGUCUACAUGAUAAAUGAACAAAUUCCGGAAAGAAGAUGUUGUUUAAGUACCUACAGAGACAUGUAUUUGGAAGUUAUAGAAUGCUUACAUCAAGUCAAUAAAUCAAUAUACGGUGUGCCGGCCAUUGUUGUUUUUAUUGCAUCAAAUGUCGCUGAAAUCAUUGUUUCUAUAUACGGAAGUUUAUUGUUUCCUAGAGAUUAUAUUAAUGAUUCUUAUUUAAUUCUUUCUUCCAUAUGUCUGUUGUCGAAAAUAGUCAAUAUUCUAACUUUAUACAUGAUUGGUGAUGUUACAGAAAAAGAGGUAAAUCGGAUGAGUUUUGUCUUACAUCAACGAUCCUUAAUAGAAAGAAACCCUAGAAUUAAACGUCAGAUCAAGUUUUUUUUACUACGCAGAUUACACGAACACUACUAUUUUGAGCUGUAUGGAAUGUGUCAUAUUAUUAUAAGACAACUAUUUAGUUUAUCAAACAAAGCAAUUGGUUAUUAG